AUUCCUCAGCCUCUAUCUUUGAACAUGUGGAUAGGAUGUCGCGUUCCUCAGAUGCCAGCAGAAGGGUCCCAAGCAAGAUCCAGCUGAUUGCUAUGCAGCCGAUGGCAGCGCCUCCGGUUCAGAACUCAGUGCUUUCUGAUCGAGUAGCAGAGACCAACAAAAUUAAUAAAGAGAUACAGACAGCCCUGAGGCAUAAAUCCGAGAUUGAGCAUCACCGCAAUAAGAUUCGUCUUCGCGCCAAGCGCAAAGGGCACUAUGAAUUUCCAGUGGUGGAUGAUGUGGUGGUGGUGGACUCCAAAGAACAGCACAGAAUAUAUCGCAAGGCACAGAUGCAGAUUGACAAGAUCUUGGACCCUGGAGGCAGCGUGCCUACUGUCUUCAUAGAGCCCAGGAAGAGUUCUCGUGCAAAACGUUCUCCCAAGCAGCGCCGGCGACAUCAGAUAAAUGGUAGCCCUAUUGAUGCGGAAAAGGACAGGUUAAUCACAACUGACAGCGAUGGGACGUACAAAAGGCCUCCAGGAGUCAAUAAUUCUGCGUAUAUUUCUGAUCCAGACUUGCCUCCUGAACCUCAGACAUCAUCUUCUGCUGAUCUGGGGAAGUUCCCUAGCUUGCCGUCCCACCCCGUCUCCCAGUAUGUCCCACCGCAGCCAUCCAUUGAAGAGGCUCGGCAAACCAUGCACUCGCUGCUGGAUGAUGCUUUUGCACUGGUGGCUCCCAGCAGCCAAGCAGCCAAUUCCACGGCCGUCACGCCACCCGUGGUCUCUGCAGGACAGCCGAGAUAUGUGGAAUUUGGAAUGACUCCGCCAACAGCACCAGGUCUCCUACCAAGGCAGAACUUCGGGCCAGGUUUUCUUCAACCUGCAGAGUUAAUGCACCCAGACCAGCAGCCACCUGAGGUUCAGUAUUCCUCCAGAGGGAUAUACUCAGAGGAAAUGCCAUCAGUGGCACGGCCACGACCAGUUGGAAGCACUGCAGGUUCUCAGAUACAGCACCUCACUCAGGUGGGAAUUGCUAGCAGGAUCGGAGGUCAACAAGUGGAGAUCCCCUCAGGCAGAGCAGGGCAUGGCCAGCCGGGGGGGCCAGGGUGGCCCCAGUUCCGUGGAGAGGAUGAAUAUGCUAGGCGAGAUGCAACGCAUAUGCAUGGACCCCAAGAAUAUUCCUCCUCACCAGUAUUCCAGAUGCCGAGGACUUCGGCCCGGCAGCCUUCGGUCCCCCCUGCUCAGCUGCCACACAACAGCCUUCAGGGCCAGGGCCUUUGCUACACCACCAGUUCCACUGAGGACCUCCAGCCAGGUCACUCUUCAGCCUCUCUUAUCAAAGCAAUUAGAGAAGAACUCCUACGACUUUCUCAGAAACAGACAGCGGUGCAGAACUUCCACAGUUGAUUUAGCAUUCCCUUGCAAAUCUGCCAGGUAUCUGCUUCCUAUGGAAGCAAAGACUUAGAGGAAAUCAGCAAUGUUGUUCUCUCAAAAGAAUGAACUUUCACAGCGCUGUUGACAUCACUCUGGGAAAAAUGAAGAAGGCAGCAAAAUGAGGAUAGUAAGGAGAGGUGGGGGACAACCAAGGAAAAUAAUCAGUGUCAUCACAAGUAAUAUUAAUUAAUCUGCUAAUAUUACGGUGCUCCUCUUCUCUCCCUACCGUCAUUCAACCUAACACAGAAAUAAAACUUUAGGUCAAGAACUCAACAGUCCAGCAACGAAUAACUC